GCGCCGCUCAGCUCAGCGGGGCGCUCCGCCACACAGAGCCGGGAUGAGCUGCGCGGCGCUGCCUUUUGGCUCCGGUGUUUCCAUUUAAGAUGCCAAUAAGAGAAGCAAACAACACAAAAACAACAACAACAACAACAACAAAAAGGACAAAUCCAGUUGCAGUCCGGUGAUGAAUGAGCGUGCAGACUGCGGACCGAUGCGCGUUUGUAGAAAGUGAACGUGGAGCAUUGAAGAGGCUCUGCUGGUCGUCUCUUUGUGUUGCAGCUUUUCCCUUUUGGAUAGAAAGGCCUCCAAGAUAGAUUCCCUCAGGAGUAAAGUGGACUUGCUGCGCCUCCCUCUGGCCCUCUCCACCAAGUCCAUCAGCAGUCGUAAGAGUCAGCUGGGCGUGGUCUGGGAGAAAGGCGGCGGCGGCUCGGGGGCAGGAGGGGCCCGGAAACCCCGCCCACCGCCGGCCUCCGACAUGGACAACGAGUCGACGUACUCGGGCUACUCCUACAAGUCGUCCCACUCGCGGAGCUCCCGCAAACACAGGGAUAGGAGGGACAGGCAUCGCGGGAAGAGCCGCGACAGCAGCAUCCGCGGAGACAAAUCGGUGACCAUCCAGGCUCCCGGAGAGCCGCUGCUGGACGCCGAGUCCACCAGAGGAGACGACAGGGAUGACAACUGGGGCGAGACCACCACGGUGGUCACCGGCACCUCCGUGGACAGCGCCUCCAACGAGGACCUGACGCGGAUGUCCAAGGACCUGGAGGAUUCUUCGCCGUUGGAGUGCCGCCGUUACCUCAGCCCGGCGUUGGGCGCCGUCCUGGGCCUCUUCGCCCUGCUCACUCCUCUGGCCUUCUUGGCGCUCCCGCAGCUCCUCUGGCGGGAUGCUCUGGAGCCCUGCGGCACUCCGUGUGAGGGCCUCUACAUCUCUCUGGCCUUCAAGCUCCUGAUCCUGCUCAUCUCCACCUGGGCGCUGUUCCUCCGCCCGCCCAGAGCCACCCUGCCACGCUUCUUCAUCUUCCGCUGUCUGCUGCUGGCGUUGGUCUUCCUCUUCGUGGCGUCCUAUUGGCUCUUCUACGGGGUGCGGGUGCUGGAGCCCAGGGAGACGGACUACAGGGGGAUUGUGGGAUACGCAGCAUCUCUGGUGGACGCGCUGCUGUUCAUCCAGUACCUGGCCCUGGUGCUGCUGGAGGUCCGACACCUGCAGCCUGCUUUCUGCCUGAAGGUUGUGAGGACCACAGACGGAGCUAGUCGCUUCUACAACGUGGGACAUCUCAGUAUUCAGCGGGCGGCGGUGUGGGUUCUGGACCAGUACUACACCGACUUCCCGGUCUAUAACCCCGCCCUGCUCAACCUGCCCAAGUCCAUCCUCUCCAAGAAGAUGUCUGCCUUCAAGGUCUACAACCUGGGGGAAGACAACAGCACCAAUAACUCUACGGGCCAGUCCAGAACCAUGAUCGCAGCCGCUGCUCGGAGAAGAGACAACUCCCACAACGAGUACUACUACGAGGAGGCAGAGGUGGAGCGGAGGGUCCGCAAACGCAAGGCCAGACUGGUGGUGGCGGUAGAAGAAGCCUUCACCCACAUCAAGCGGCACCAGGACGACGAGGCGACCCCGUCCCCGAAACACCCGCGGGAGGUGAUGGACCCCAGGGAGGCGGCCCAGGCCAUCUUUGCCCCCAUGGCGAGGGCCAUGCAGAAGUACCUCCGCGCCACCAGGCAGCAGUCCUACCACAGCAUGGAGAGCAUCAUCAACCACCUGCAGUUCUGCGUCACGCACAACAUGACCCCUAAGGCUUUCCUUGAGCGUUACCUGAGCCCAGGUCCGACCCUCCAGUACCUGGACACCAGCAGGGGGCGCCAGUGGACACUAGUGAGCGAGGAACCGGUGACUUCUGCUCUGCGCCAAGGCCAAGUCUUUUCCUUGAGACGACUGGACUUCUCCCUGGUUGUCACGGUGACGCCCCUUCCCUUUUUGCGCCUGGGCGAGGAGUUCAUCGACCCAAAAAGGCACAAGUUUGUCAUGAAGCUCCAGUCAGAGACGUCUGUGUAGGCGGACGGUGACUCAAAGAUACUAAUCUUAGUGUUUUUAGGGUAUCUUUUUGUACCUUUUUUAUAGUUAUUUUUCAUGAUUUUUUUUUUUAUUUGUUGAUAAGCGCAACACCCAAAUGACAUGGCUAAAAUAGUUACAGAAAAGAGAAGCCAAGGCAACGGCAAUCUCUGACCUUUUUAUGUUUGCUCCAACAUUUAAUUAGAAACCUGCCUUUUUAAGUGUUCUUCUAGUUUCCAGGAAACUUCGUAUUAGUUCUGUUUCUUAGUAGCAUUUCAACACACAUUUAGUGAAUUACAAUCUUUUGAAAAAGAUGAAAUGACCACAUCGGUUAAUAAAUCGUAUUCAAGAGAGUAAACUAAUGUACGAUGUGGACCGUCCGUGGUAAAUAAAAAAAGAAGUGUCUGACUGUGUGAAUGCACAGUCAGACAUUAGAAGCUUCCUUUAGCUCACUCUUUGUCAGGGCUAGUCCUACUACUCCUCUUCCCUUUUUACGAAUUUUGCCUUAACAGGCUACUAAUGUGCAGAAUCAGGAAGUGAUUUACGUUUCUCCUGUAUUUUUCUCACCUUUUUGGACACUGACUGGAUUCGCUGACUGAAUCAAAAGGGGAGGGGAAACUGCUUUUCAACUUCUCUAUUUUUGACUCCACUGAAAAGUGGACAUGAAUAGUUUCCACUGAAAGUAUGAAGUAAGAAACACUGGAUGGACUUGAUGGACUGAGCAUUUCAUAAGUGCAUUGUUUUGUGUUAUUUCUUGCUCAGGUUUUUUUUUUUGAAUCACCUCUCAUUUCUGGAGAACCUACAGAUAUGCACUCCUGCACUGAGAAAGAAUAUAACUUUCUAAGCACAAUAUAGGACCAGUUUAUGUCCAGUAACACUGAUAGUGGAUGUUGUCACCUCUACGUAUGAGGUUUGAGUUGGAUUUAAUGAGCUCCAGCACGUUACAGCCAAGUAUCGCCAAUGUGCUUUCUUUUAGGCAGCUUAAUGUUUAUUACUGUCUUUGAUAUUUUGCAACGUGUGUGUGAAUUUGUGUGUGUGGUUGAGCAUGGUUGCAUCACCAACCAAACAAACAAGGCAACUGCCUCAUGGCCUGUGACCCAAAAGCCCCAGGUUCCCUCCAUGUAUGGAAUUUGAUUAAUUAAAAAGGUUUGUAUUUAGGAAUGUAACACAGCUAAAGUGCGAUUAUAAUCUAAGACGGGUCCGUCUGUCUUGUAGAGGUGCCCUGUGUCAAAAUCAAAUUUUAAUACUUUAAAAAAAAGAAGUGCUCAAGUAUUCUUCUUCUUUGCGCCUACAUUACCAACAAUGCAACUCAACUGCCACAUCUCGAUGCAUCUCAAUAUAUCGCAUCCUCACUUUUAUAAAAAAAUGACCUCAGAUUGCCACUUUUCAUUCAUUUAUGCAAGCAAGUCUGACAAAUCUGAACUGUUUCCAUUUAGAAAGUGCAGAAUCAGUUAUUUCUUUUUGGUGCUUUUGCUUAAAAACUUUUAACAAUUCCUUCCAAAAUCUAAAUAGUUGCGGAUUAAUUGCCUUUUGAUUAACUACGAUGAUUAGUAGACUAAUUGUUCCAGGCCUUGAACACUAGUUUUUGCCGUAUACUGUAGAUUAGGGGUCAACAGGGGGCCCCCGAGCAGGUUAAUCUGGCCAUGGGUUGAUGCGUAUGCAUAUAAGUGUGUCUUUUGUCACUCAGAUGUCCUUUUUAUACUAAAAAUGGAGAUUUUCGUGCCACUUACAAGCAGUUUAAGUGUACAUUUAGGUGCCGUUUUCUAAGGUUUUAUGUUUCCGAUUUUUUUUUGAUGGAUCACUUUGUUGUACUCCGAUAUAAGCUCCUAACACUUGUUCUUGAAGAGCAUUGUCUUUGAAAGCAGUUAUUUACCGUUAAGAUGUUUGUUUUUUUUAGGACUGAGUUGAUAUAAAUGUUUUUUUAUUAAAAGAUCU